AUGGCUGCAGGAAGACUAGCACGCAUGUUUCUGCUGCUCCUGUCCCUGCACCUGGGCCUCGGCUGGGACCGUGAUCCUCACGGGGAUCCAGUGGCAGAAAAUGAGAUGUCAUCUGAGGAGAUGGCAGACCUCGGAGGGACCCGGAAGCCCCAUCAGGGUAACAACCAUGUCCGCCUUCCAAGAGCCCUGGCUGGUCCGUGCCAGCUGUGGAGUCUGACCCUGCCGGUGGCCGAGCUGGGCCUGGGCUACACCUCAGAGGAGAAGGUCAUCUUCCGAUACUGUGCUGGCAGCUGUCCCCGAGAGGCCCACACCCAGCACAGCCUGGUGCUGGCCCGGCUGCGCGGGCUGGGGCGAGCCCGGGGACGACCCUGCUGCCAGCCCACCAGCUAUGCUGAUGUGACCUUCCUCGAUGAUCGUCACCGUUGGCAGCAGCUGCCUCAGCUCUCGGCUGCUGCCUGUGGCUGUGGUGGCUGAAGGCGGCCAGCUCUGUGUCUCAGAAUCACAAGCAUGAGGCAACCUAACCUGGGCUUUGACGGGUUGGGGUGACCUUUACUAGAACUUGGCACAGGUGAAGAUGAGAAGGAAGAGGACCUGGAAUUGGGCAUCAGUAAUCAAUGCAAUAAAUGUUCUAAUGGCCUUAGGAGUGUGUGUGAUGGGGUACACCCUGGCAGCCACCAGGCUAUGUGGGAUCUGAAACCUGUCUCUUGA